AGAGGUGUUUGAUGGCAGCUGUUCGUGACCUGUGUGUGUGUGUGUGUUUAGGUACGUCACACACCUGAUGAAGCGCAUCCAGAGAGGGCCGGUCAGGGGGAUCUCCAUCAAGCUGCAGGAGGAGGAGCGCGAGCGCAGGGACAACUACGUGCCCGAGGUCUCGGCUCUGGAUCAGGAGAUCAUCGAGGUCGACACAGACACCAAGGAAAUGCUCAAGCUUCUGGAUUUCGGCAGCCUGUCCAAUCUUCAGGUGACUCAGCCUCCCGUCGGCAUGAACUUCAAGACCCCUCGCGGCGUCUAGACAUUUGUAAUAUAUCUCUUAAUAAAAUUGUUGGAAAACCAA